GGAAGACUCUCCGCGGAGGGCUAUAAAAGCCCUCUCCUCGUCCUCCCCCAUCUGGCCUUGCUCCUUCUUCCUUUUCCAUCUCUCCAGGCCUCUCUUGUCUAUUCCCAUUCGAUUGAUCAGAUUUGUCCAUUGACCAUACAGCGUCUGAUCUCUGACAUACCAGCUCCUUCAUAGCUGUCAAUCAUUCAACCUUCUUGUUCGAGUCCUCACUCACUGUUGCUAUAAUCCUCAACGUCCCCAUACCUCUUUUCACAAUGGCGACCCACCACUACCAGUCCCCUGCUCUUCCCAUCAACGUUCCAUCUAAGGCUCCGCUUCCGGCCAGCCUUUAUCCUGUCGGUCGAGUGUCUGGAUCUCCUCCCGAUCUCUCCGACACUAGCACCACUGCUGGAAGCCGUACAUCCGCCGGGUUCAGUUAUGCAUCCGGAAGCAUCGGCGGAGAUUAUGAGACCAGCUCUGCCUCGUACUCUGGGGUCGAUGUCGUUGAUGUAUUGAACGACCGCAUGCAAGAUAUGUUUGACCCCACGCCGCUGGACAAGGGACUGGCGAUGCAGGCGCAAGCCUCCGGCCAGUUGAACGCGAAGCAGCGCGAGCUGCUCGAGUUGCAAGCUCUUGCGCAAAGGCGGCUGAAGGGCGUACGUGCUAGUUUUGCCGAUGGUAUCAAAGUCGCUCGGGAGACCAAGCGAGAUUUGGAAUGGACCCAGAAACGCGUCAAUGCAUUGAAGGCGAAAGCCGAAAGUGCCCAUCCCGAAGAAUAUCGUCGUGCGGCCAAGAAAUACACCUUCGACGAGUGAGAACUGGCGAAAAGGUACUAUGCUAUAAUUUCGGCUGAGGAGCAUUUGAUAGGUAAAGAGCCUCGACUGCGACCGCGAAAGCUGGCUUUUCGGUAAAUUGGCUUCUGUGGGGUUUGAAUUUGGCGUACUUGGGUUCGGGAUGGUCUGUUCUGAUUUGGGAUACCGUAUGGCUGGGUGGAUUUCUGGGAUGGCCCCUGUUGAUACUUCAUCGGCGGCACAAUGUAAUACUGUACUUACAAAUUCUCGGUGGGAAAUUUCAUGUUGCGCAAUAUGUUUUCG